GAGGAAUGUGUAGAUUUAGGGGAUCAGAAAUAUUUAUCCCUACUGAAAUACCUGGUGUAAUUUUUCCUCGUAUGAUUAUAAUUCGAGCACCAAAUAACGAGGAUGCCUUCGGAAUGGCAACUUUUUUUUGGUAUAGCAACGAGAGACAAAAACUGGUCACUCCCGUUGUUGAUACGUUAAAGCGGAAAGAUAUGAUUAAUUGUGUUGUUCUACUCGCUGGACCUCUUCAAACUGGAAAAUCUGAGUUGGCAUAUCAAAUAUCCAAGAAACUUGGAAGUGAGGAUCUCUUUUUCCCAAUGAUUGAAUCAGAUGAAUACCUAGUGGCUGAGCUAGAGGAGAUCUUGAAGGAUACUAUUCGCCGAGCUGUCAGUCUAAAGAUGAGAAAAACCAAGAAGGUGUACGAAGGAGAGGUCGUUGAAAUCUCAUCAAAAGCAACUGGGAGUAGCAGUGGUAUCAAUUGGCAAACUACUUGUGACAUUGUGAUUGGUUUAAACACAGAUGCAAAGGAACAACAUGUCGAGCUCGGUGAACAACUUUCAAAAGCUAUUAUAAAAGAACAGGAUAUAACUAUUUACGAUCUCUAUAAGACUGAAAGACGAGGACAUAGUAUAUGUAAGCGAGUGAGAAAGGAAAUGUCGUCAGAAGAACCCGUAACCGAUGAUGCUAUAAACAAGGCUAUUGAAAGUUUAGUAAAAGAAAAAGUGGUAUAA